AUGGCCUUGGCCGACAGCGCUCGGGGGCUGCCCGGCGGCGGCGGCGGCGGCGGCUCCCUGCGGGGCGGCGGGGCCCGCUCGCAGCCCCAGCCGCCCGAGGAGGAGGAGGAGGCGUCGGGGUCGGCGCCGUCGCCGUCGGGGGUCUCGUCCCUGCCGGAGCUGGUGGAGCUGAACGUGGGCGGGCAGGUGUACGUGACCCGCCGCGGGACGGUGCUCUCGGCGCCGGGCUCGCUGCUGGGCCGCCUCUUCUCGCGGCCCGACGCCGCCGCCGCGCUGCCCCGCGACGCCAAGGGCCGCUUCUUCGUGGACCGCGACGGCUUCCUCUUCCGCUACGUGCUGGACUACCUCCGCGACCGCCAGCUGGUGCUGCCCGAGCGCUUCCCCGAGCGCCGCCGCCUGCAGCGGGAGGCCGAGUACUUCCAGCUGCCCGAGCUGGCCCGGCGCCUGGCCGACGGCGACCCCCCGGCGCCCCGCUGCGCCGCCCUGCUGCGCGGCGCCUCCCUGGGCGCCGACGACCCUCCGGGGCCGGGAGAGCCGGAGCCGGAGCCCCCCGCCGGCCGCAGCCCGUCGGGGCCGCCGCUGCUGGCCGCCUCGCUCUCCCUGGACGGCGGGGGUCGCCGCUCGGGCUACAUCACGGUGGGCUACCGGGGCUCGUACACGAUGGGGCGGGAGGCGCAGGCGGACGCCAAGUUCCGCCGCGUGGCGCGCAUCACGGUGUGCGGCAAGACGGCGCUGGCCAAGGAGGUCUUCGGCGAGACGCUCAACGAGAGCCGCGACCCCGACCGGCCCCCCGAGCGCUACACCGCCCGCUACUACCUCAAGUUCAACUUCCUGGAGCAGGCCUUCGACCGGCUGGGCGAGGCGGGCUUCCGCAUGGCCGCCUGCUCCUCCACCGGCACCUGCGCCUUCGCCCCCGAGCUGGGCGGGCCCGCCGACGACAAGAUCUGGACCAGCUACACCGAGUACGUCUUCUGCAGGGACUAG